CAUGAUAUCCUAGCCAAUCACAUCGCAUUGAUAAAUAUUUCUCGAUAUGAAAGUUCCCUCCACGCUCUCAAGAUCACUCACUCCCAACGUUCGCAUAAAAACAUGUCGAAAAGAGAUAAUGAAGGAGAAAUAAUUUCAAGCAAGCUAGCUGUUGCAGCAGCACAGCAACACGAAUCGCUCUUUGCGUCGCUAGCAGGGGCACCCGACGCGACGCUGUUCAAUUCAACAGCGAUCGAAGAAAACACUGAUGAAGAUUUGAAGGAUAUAUAUGUAGACGAUGAGCAAUUCGGAGUCGGUGCCGCAAUCCCAAAAGACAUCGAAGACGGAAGCUUCACACGGAGAAUACCAGCAUCAGACGACAAACUGCUACAGCAACUCCUAGGAAAGAAGGCCGCAAAAGCUCAUCUUGCUAGACAAGCUACGACUAGCAGCGCCAAGCCGCAGGUUAUCGGGAAGCCUCAGCGCAAUGAAGUGAAAGAGGAAAGUGAGGAUGAAGAGGAAGGGCGGGCAUCAGCGUUUACGUCAAAGAGAAGGAAAGUGGCAAAGAAGCGGGCAACAGAAUCUGGGGUGGAAAGUGAUGGUGGUGAGGACGGUAAUGGAGGAGCUGUGAGGAAGGAGAAUGCCGGGUUGGCAUCAUCAGCACCGAAAAGGAGAGCCGAAACUAGAGAAGAAUCGCAAGGGAGGCCUGAAAGUCAAGACGCGGAUAGCAACGAGAAUGUAGUCAGAAAGAGCACUGCCAAGUCACGUGCAGCAGUAAAACCAAAGGCUGUGAGCUACCUCGAUGAGCUGCUGGCUGGACGCUCGAAAAAGAAACAGAAGAAAUAG